GGAGAAGAAGAUCGAGGGCUUGACCUUUCUCCGUGUGAUGGCUCAGAACCACAUGGACAUACUGAUGCCUAAACUCCAUGAUAUCUGCCUUGCCAUUAUAAAUGAGGUGAAGAACCUGCGCUCUGCAGUGUCCUGUGCUGCCAUGGCCACACUGGGUGACAUGUACGUUCACCUCCAGAGGGCCAUGGACAGUGAGGUGGAGGGGACGGCACGCGUGCUGCUGCACAAAGCCAGCGAGGCCAACACCUUCAUCCGGCAGGGCGCCAACUUUGCCCUGGGCCACAUGGUGCAGAGCUGCACCCCUACACGUGUCAUGAAUGCCCUGCUGGUCGGUGGGCUGAG